AUGGAGAAGCGCGGAGAGUCCUUAGACCUCGGAGUGCGCUGCAAGAGGGGAGAGGAGAGAGACCGCCGCUCCUGCUGGAAGCCUUCGCGUCUAGGGGCGGCGCGCGGGGGAAGGGGCCUCUGGACAGUCGGUGGAGGCGGCAGCCCUAAAGAGACAGCCGAAAGCCAGCAACUUGGAAAACCGCCCGAAUUCUGGUUUUCUGCACAUCCAGGCUGGCUCCAGGUCUCUUGUGCCCACCGUGCAAGCCGGUGGGAUGCCAGCAGGUGGCAUCCUCUCCAGCGUUUCUUCGCCAGGCGUGGAGCCCGGAGGCCAAAUCCCUCAGUCCCCAGCCCCCUCCCCAAGCCUCCGGUGCCAUGUGCUGGGUCCGGUGAGCCCCUGGCCUCGCCCCCCACCUCCGCCAGCGGGGCGAGCCGGAGCUGGGUGGCCCAGACCUGCGCGGAGGCGGGAGCCUGCAGACGAUGUCGGCCCCCGGGUUCUGCCGCUGGCUGGCCAAGAAGUGACAGGAGGGCAAGGCUCCCCCGGAAAGCGUCCAAGCCCUGCUCUCCUGCUCUUCCAAGCCUUGCUGCCUGUUGCCCCCAGGGUUUUCUGAGAUCUGGGACGAAGAGAGUGAUGUGCAAGGUUCUGGGUCCCGGUGCAGGAAUGAGGGGUACGGUUGUCGAGUGCUUGGAGCAGGCUGGCGUUCGGGCACACUGCAGACCUCAGCUCACCGCCACUUUCUCCUGA